CAUGUUAGGCGUUCAUUCCGACACGGCGUGGCAUCCCUUCGCACGGGAGGGGCAGAGCCUCAAUUCUGCCUCUUUCCUUCAACUUCACUCCUACCAGAUCAACACAUGGCCGGCUCCAGGCUGGUCCACCUGCAUCUCUACAGCACUUAGGCAGCCAUCACAGUACUUGCAUCGACCUGGAAGUCCUGACAUCACUACGGGCAGAGACCAUCAGAAUGACUAUGGCAGCAAUUGAACGCUUACCAGUCGAAUUGCUGCAGCCUAUCUUUGCGUUUUCCGGCUACAAUGUCGCUCUGGCUCAAGCCUCCGGUAUCCUAGGCACGCGUCUUUCGAGCGACUACGUCUAUCAUAACACGUGCGACUACUACUUCAACGAUGGCUGUGAUGACCACGUCAUUCGCUCUGCCGCACAGACAGCCAUCUUCGCCAGCAAGUGGAUGACUUGGUCUUUUUUCAAAAGUUGGAUCAUUAAGACAUAUGGAGGCAACGGGUGCUUAUGCGGCCUGACACCAGAUGAUGGGUGUUUUGACGCUCAAUGGCCUCCAAACUUCGAAGACGCAACAUCCAUGAUCUUCUCACGCAGUCAUUUGCCGCGACUCGCCUUCAUUCGUUGUCGACUCCCUAAGAAGCUUCUCGCUGCACCCUGGACUUCGGACAAGGUACAGUUUCUCCGCUUUCUACUUUGGACCUCAAGUAUGACGGUCGAUUGGCGAGAUCCGGAUACACGUCAGAUCGCUACUGAAGGCAGACGGCAAGCUUUUCUGGAGAAAAAUCUCGGAGCAGUAGAGCUCAUCAACCACAAUCGUCGACUCGGCAGACCGCCAACACUAGAAACUGUGCGCUUCGCCGUUACGGAGGCAGGCUGCGAUCGAUCUAUCGUGUACGACACCUUACGUAGUGCCUACAGAUGGAGCUCACAGAGUGACACUUGGAACUAUUCUGCGCUCUACCAGUGGUGCGACGAGCGCAUAUGGGACAACGAUAUAAAGGGAGUGUGGUUGCGAGGCAUACUGCAAACCUUAAGUCACUCCGAACUUGGUACCUAUGACAAGAGUAUGGGUAGGGACGACUUGUUUGGCAGGAUCGUCGAUGUAGCAGCGGAAGGAUACGGUGAUGAGUUCAACGAAGGGCUUACCAGGAACGAGCUCCCCUGGAAUAAGGUAAGAUUCGAUUCCGUUUACAUCUCUGCUGCUCAGGGCGGCACUGGUACAUGCAGUGUGUGGAUCGCAAUGUCCAAGCAAGUGUGGCGGUUGAUGUUGUGGCGGGCCCUAUACUGAACUUCCUUAAGGUCAUCACAACACGUGGUUGGCUCACAGUAGGCUCUCUUUUGCCGACACACCAUCAUCGUGUCGCACACCAAAUCCAUUGGACACAAGUCAUGCAGCAGGCGGGACCACGUAUGUACUCUGGACCAAGCUGCCCGCGAA